AGGAAAUAAUGAUAAAUAUUAAACCCUGGAUCACUGUAAAGAAUAAAAAAGGGCCGUAGAAUUAAGAUUCAUUCUCGGGACUGCAGUCGCCACAGGAACAACAACAACGGAAACUUCGAAAACUCCUCCUCCGCCUUGACUGCGAAUUGAUUCCUGCGGCUUUUCCAUCGACUUCUUUCGCCUCUUCGCAGACGCGCUUCCUGUCCUGAACGGCGCGCCAUAUUAAGUUCUCUCGCCGUCCAUCCCUCUCCAGCUAAAUCGGAGCUUUGGUCUUCUGUUACUUCCAUUAGAACCAACCCAGUGCAUGAGUGUGCUGGGUCGAAUUUCUCCGAACAUGUCGGGCUCGAACACGCCGAACGCCGGAGACGGAUCCAGUACCCCGCGUCCUGCAAGGUCCUCGAGACGGGGAGGUCGAGGUCGAGGUCGAGGCCGUGGCGGCCGCGGUCAUUCUCACCAACAGGCACCGGUCUCGUCUGCAAAUAACGCACCGCAGACGGAGCAGACUCGCUCUGGACUGGCCCCGCCUCCACAGAUACAACUGCAGCCGCAACCGCAGAAUGAGGCGGCGAUUCCGAAUACAACCCCGUCGAGUGGUCAGCAAUCUCGUCGAGGACCUAGGGGAGGGAGACGAAGUGGACGCGGUGGAAGCGCACAACAAGAGGCCAGCCAGCGACCGGCUCGCACACGAGCUGCUGGAGGGCGGGCGUUUCAGGGACGGUUGACACGGCCACCACAUUCCUCAGAGGAUGGCCUACUGGACGGACAGGAGGAUACAGCCGCUGACCUGGGGUUGAGGGCGGAUGCGCCGGCCUUUGUGCCUGGAGUGUCGCAGCCGAAUGGCAGUGUCUCUGCAGAGCCUUCCUCUGUUCUGCCGUCUGCUGCUGCUGCGCCGCACAAAGGGAAAGGCAAAGCGAAGAAUGCUCGAUCACGGCCAGCAAAGGUUACGACGAAAUCGGAGGCCGAGGAUAUCGUCACGCGGAUACACGAGGAUAUUUCGAAUAAUCUUUACGAGUGCCCCAUUUGCACCAUUGAGAUUGGGCGCAAGUCGCGCGUGUGGUCUUGUCGUCUCUGCUGGACGGUCUUCCACCUGAGCUGUGUGAAGAAAUGGUCGAAGAAUGAAGGCGCUGCGGCGCAGGAUGCUUCUCGUCGAGCCGGGGAAGAAGGGGAUGCCAGCACACCUCGUGCCUGGAGAUGUCCUGGUUGUAAUCUUGCACAGGAGGUGUUUCCUUCGAGUUACGCCUGCUGGUGUGAGAAGGAAAUCGACCCACGCCCGUUCCCUGGUAUCCCUCCGCACUCCUGCGGGCAGACAUGUUCCCGCUCGAGAAAAGGAUGCCCGCACCCUUGCGACGCGACCUGCCACGCUGGACCUUGUGCUUCUUGUACUGCGAUGGGACCGACUCAGGAUUGCUUUUGUGGCAGGAACUCCUCUACGAAACGCUGCCAGGACACCGACUACGACAAUGGAUGGAGCUGCGGAGAGAUAUGUGGUGAUUUACUACCAUGCGGCGAACAUACGUGCCCCCGACCAUGUCAUGAGGGACUAUGUGGCGCUUGCGAGGUGAAGAUUGAGGCGCGUUGCUACUGCGGGAAAGUAGAAACGGAAAUGCUCUGUAGCUCAAAAGAUGAAGAGCUAGAAAGCCAGAUGCUUCAUGAUGGCCAGGAUCCUGAGGAUCUUGAGGAGUGGACGGGAUGUUUCAGCUGUGGAGACCAAUGCAAUCGGCCCUUUGAUUGCGGCGUUCACUUUUGCGAAAGGAGUUGCCAUCCCCAAGAUGCGGAGAUGGCCCAUUGCCCGAGAUCCCCGGAUGUGGUAUCACACUGUCCUUGCGGAAAGACUCGACUCCCGAGUAUACCGGGAUACGCUCCUCGAACGUCCUGUGAAGACCCAAUUCCAAACUGCUUGGAAGCCUGUGGUAAGAUUUUGCGCUGUGGACACCCGUGUCAAAAGAUUUGCCACACAGGUUCUUGUGGUCCUUGCAUGCAAACAGUCGCGAUAGAGUGUCGCUGUGGACGUAACUCUUUCAUGAGUAUGUGCCACCAGGGCACCAUUGAGCCUCCUCAGUGUUUCAGGGUUUGCAAGGCCGGCUUGCACUGUGGGAGACACGCCUGCAGUGAGAGAUGCUGUCCCGGGGAACAGAAAGCAGUCGAACGCCAGGCCUUGCGGCGGAAGCUCAAGUCACAUCUCCGCCCCAGCGAUGAAGACGUAGAGGCUGAGCAUAUUUGCACCCGGGUGUGUGGCCGUAUGCUGAAAUGCGGGCGGCAUACAUGCCCGGAAAUCUGCCACAAGGGACCAUGCAACACCUGCAGAGAGGCGAUUUUUGAGGAAGUUUCCUGCAAUUGCGGCCAAUCCAUCUUGUACCCACCGCUGCCUUGUGGGACGCAGCCUCCCCCAUGCUCGCGCCCUUGUGAACGUCCUAAACCAUGUGGUCAUCCCCAAACCCCACAUAACUGCCAUACAGACGACGAAUCCUGCCCCAAGUGCCCUUAUCUUACGGAGAAGACGUGUCUUUGCAGCAAGCGCGCGUUGAAAAACCAACCCUGCUGGCUUACAGACGUGCGCUGCGGCCAGAUUUGCGGCCAAUCGCUCAAAUGCGGUUCUCAUUCGUGUCAAAAGAAUUGCCACCGGCCAGGCGAGUGCGAGGACGCUUCCCGGCCCUGCCAACAGGCCUGUGGCAAGACCAAGACGCUUUGUGGCCAUCCAUGCACGGAGCCUUGCCAUGCCCCAUACCCAUGCCCCGAAAGGACCCCCUGUUCGUCGACAAUCAUGGUCACAUGUGGCUGUGGCCGUCUGCGGCAGGAACGUCGAUGCAAUGCGGCGAAAGCCGUCGUCGCGUCCAAGGGCCAGCUGCAGCAGCCGCAGAGGCUCCCCGCGAUCACCCCGCUGACCUGCGACGAGGAAUGCGCGCGCCUAGAGCGGAAUCGCUCUCUGGCUGCAGCCCUGGGAGUCGACAUUAACCCGUCCACGACCGUCGCGCAAAGCCUCUCAUCUACAAACCUCCCCUACUCCUCCGAAACCCUGGACAUGUACAUCCAGCUCUCAUCCGCCUCUCCACUUUCCACCCUACAAUCCUACGAGUCCACUCUACACUCCCUCGCCACCGGCACCGAACAGCGCUCCGUCCGAACGCAACCCGCCAAAUCAGCGAUCCGCGCCUUCAUCCACUCCCUUGCAGCCGAUUAUGGCUUUGCAAGCGAGAGCUUCGACCCGGAACCCCACCGCCAUGUCUUCGUCCUUAAGCCUACCUCCUGGACCGCACCCGUCUUCGGCGUCGCUAACGGCGUCGGCAUUGGCGGUAUGAGCGUAAGCGAAUGCGUGAAGCUCCGCGACCGCCACAGACUGAAAGAACGCGAAGCCCAGCGCGUCGCAGCCGCCGAGGCCAAAGCCCAGCGUGAAGCGGCUAAACUGUCGGGCGCGGGGUCCAGCGAGACCGGGGGCGGCUGGGCGCAGGUCGCGGCCUCGAAACGAAGCAGCAACGGUGUCAUAAUGGGUAGUGCGAGGGCCACGGCCCCACCGGGGCUGGCUUCACGGGCGCCCAGUGGGUUCUCUACCUCGAUAUAUGCAGCUUUAGCCGGGCACGAUGGCAGUGCUCCUGUGAAGGAGAAACUGGUCUUGCGGUCGGGCAUUGGCGCGGGGAGACCAAUCCGGACUCCGCCUACGCCUGCAGAGGUCGCUGAUGAUUGGGAGGAGGAGGAAGAAAAGGAAGAGGAGAAGGAGCAGCAACGACGUGCGCAGGAGCUUGGGGAAGACCAAAUCCAGCAUGAACAUGAACAUGAACAUGAACAUGAACAUGAACAUGAACAUGAGAGUGAGCCAUCUGACUCGACAAAUACCGAUCCCGAUAUCCAGGAAGAUCCUUCUAUUCCUGAUCGAUCUGCAACUCCCUUGGAGUGUGAGCGUGGGAGUGGGAGUAGGAGUAUACAGGAAGCCCUGCCAUGAUAAUGUUACGACAUCUGACUUUUCUCGCUAUUUCUUCUUUCUUUCUUGUGGACUACCGCAAUCUAUCAGCAUCCAGCGUGUCAUUAUGCUCUGCUCUGCAUAACAAGGUGAUUAAUUGCCUUAUACCACAAUCCGGUCUAGAAAAGUUUCCCUUAGUUUAGUUAUGAUAGAAGUCCUUCGAAUACAUGCCUGCAUGCAUAACUAGCACUAAUUAUUCAAUUCAUUAGAUUGAAAC